AUUUUUGUCUCUGGAAUAGAAAGAUGCAGGAGCGGAAGGGGGAGCGGUGGAUCCGGCCGGUGGUUUGAUCCAUCGAUCCAUCGUCCAGAGAUCGGCGGCGGGCUGGAGAAGUUUUGGCGGGCUUUGAAGAGCUAGGGAGUUCCGCGGGACCCGGCAAAUGUGGCUUUGUGCACGGUGAGCCGGGGUUACGGGGGCCGUGGGGCCCGUGGAGGCGGNGGUAGAUCCCGUGGCGAGGCAAGCGUGAGGCUACCCCUGAGUCCUCGCACUCUGUGCGCCCCUGGGGCCGGAGGUGGCGCACAUGUGCACGUACAGGGGACCGGAGGACCCGGUGGAACCGCGGCUGGAACCGGAAAUAAUCCCGGCACCGAGGAGGGAUCCGGCCUUCCGGACGAGCCAAUGGUGCACGUGGAGAGGGCCGCGCAGCAAGGUACCUGGAUAUGCUGCGUGCCGUGUUACUGGCUCAGACGAAGUAAGGCCGUGCACAAGGCGCUGCUCACGUUCGCGAUGCUGCUCGUCACCAGCCUGCUCGUCACCAGUCCUGUCCUCUUCCUCAUCACCACGCUGCCCGAGGGAGAGCAACCGCGUGAAUGCCUACCGUUGGACGAGGCCUGUAUCAGGGAGAGGGAUGGCCAGGAGGGUUUGUGCGACUCGAAAGCCUGCGAGGAAGCCUCGAAGCGGAUGGUGGCGUUCAUGAGGAAGGGGAUGGAUCCUUGCAAGGACUUUUAUCAGUUCGCGUGCGGCGGUAUUCGCGAUCAGCAGCCGUAUCAACCUAGCUCGAGCUUCAACAUGCUCCAGGCGAAGGUUGACGAUCAUCUUCACAAGUUAAUGGCGAACAAGAGCGGUCACAUGGUGGGCGAGUUCGAGAAGUUGGGCCAGUUUUACAACGGAUGCUUGAAAUUCAGGGAGAAACCGGUGAAUUUUACACCCGUUUACGAGCUUUUACGCGAACUCGGGGGCUAUCUACCGCCGAAGAGCAUUGCACCGGUCGACAUAACACCCCUAGUUUCGAGGUUGUUGAGGGUGAACGGCGCCCCCCUCUUCGACUUCUUCGUCGACGUGGAUCUUUACGACCGGUCUAGAUCGUCCGUCUUCUUGGAUCUGCCUACGAAACGUCAAGAAGACGCUUUCUUCGCGGAGAAUCCGGAAGAAGGAUUACGAUGGGCCAAGGCGUACUCGAUGAUGGAGAAGCAGCAAAAGAGGGCGGUGCACGAGGAAAGCCGAGCUUAUACCAUGAUCAAGAGUAAGAUGGAGGAGCUAAGAUCGAGAAGGAUUCACAGAAUCGUCGAAGGUUUCCUACCGAAGAGUAUGGAUCCGAAAGAUCGCGCAUCGGAGACCGAUCUGCUGUUACAAUUCUGUCUGUCUCUCAGCAAGAUAUAUCCGAAGCACAAGGAUCUGUACAAUUGGGUGGACGUGGACCAAAGGGUGUACGUGCCGUUCAACAUGUCCUAUCUCCAGGAGAGUUUCGGUUAUAUAAGGUGGGGGACGCUGCUGAACGCCACUCUAGGCGCUGCCACUGCCGAUCUUUACAAUCACAGCAGCCGCAAUCGGGAUCGGGCCCAUUACGGCUACUACGUUUACGUUACCGCCCCGCGUUACUUCCGCAGCCUUGGCAAACUGCUGAAUCGCUUUUCCAGGAGGAUUAUUCACAAUGGAUUGUUGCUGCUGUACGCGACGGACACUCUCCACGACAUCGUGAACGUGACGGGGAGCAAGGAUUGGAAGCUUUCUUGUUUCAAACUGACCAAGGAGGUGUUCGGUGAAGUCGUGGGCGCUCUCUACGUGCAGCAGUACACGCCUCAAUAUCUAGAAACCCUAGCGAACAGGGUGGGGGGGCUGUUCGAGCGCGUGAAAGAGACAGUAGCCGAGCGUAUUUUGGUGAAAUCUUGGCUGGACGAGGAGACGAGGACGCAGGCGUUGUUGAAGUUGAACUCGUUGCGGGGAAGAUUUCACGUGUGGCCUGGUUUCUACAACGAGAGUUUACUGGCCCGAGAAAUGGCCGAGGUGGACAUCGAUCCGGACGACUUUUUCCACACCGUGUUGAGACGGUUCCAACAGAUUCGCACCGUCGACGACAAGGUUUUGAGGAGAAACGUGACCGAGAAGCGUCGUCAUCCCUACAGCGUGAACGCCUACUACGAAUCAUCGACGAAUACGAUUGGCAUCCCACUGGCUAUGAUGACAGCUUGGUCGUGGUCCUGGGACGGUGGACCAGCGUAUGCAGCGCACGCGACCCUCGGAUCUGUGAUCGGCCACGAGAUCCUCCACGCUUUCGACCUCCAUCGACGCCGACUGCCAUUGGAUCCCGAUAUAAACGUCGAUCAAUGGCUCUGGAUCACGCCCGAGUCUUGGAAGAGGUUGGAGGCGAGGAUCGAAUGCGUGGCGAGGCUUUACGCCAGGAGUUUCUGGAGGAAGGUUCAAUUUUACGGGAACGACGUUGCUGUACAGUUUGAUUGGAACGUGACGAGGAACGAGAACGUAGCUGAUAUCGGAGCCUUGCAGAUUUCGUAUAAAACCUGGCACACUUUGACGAACGGCAAGGAUCGAAGUCUUCCAGGAUUGGAGGGACUUCGCGCGAGCCAGCUUUUCUUCAUAAGCGCCGCCCAGACUUACUGUUCCAACAUGACUGCCGAGGCCUACAUUCUUUCCGUUGAGCUCGAUUACCACACACCUCAGCCCGAAAGGGUCAACGGUAUAAUGAUGAACUCUCAAGCGUUCGCGGACGCGUUCCGUUGCCCGCUCGGAACGAAAAUGAACCCCCCCAACAAGUGCACCACCUGGUGAUGACGAUCAGGCUUGGACGAUCGUUCGCCGACAACGUCAGGUUUCAUCUCAUAAAUCGAUCAUUGGAUAUACGAGAUACGGCGUGGUGUGAUUGUGGGACGUGAAGAGCGAGGAAACGCGACAAGGGCUUAAUUAUUUUUCUUCAACAAUUGUCGAGCGAUCUUGCGUCGGAGGGAAUCGAUUCGGAAAUUCGAUUUGAAAAAUUGGAGGGAUUAAGAAAAGGAUCGCUCGAUUCGCCAAGGACACGGAGGAUCGACGACAAGCUUGUUGCAACGUUUUCAGAAUUUUCUCUGGAAACCGGCAGAGGGGAUCCCCAAUCUCCCUUUCGGUUCGAACGCGCCAUUAAUGUUAAUAAUCUCUCCUUACGACGCUUUAGAGGACUUUAGAGAUUUAUUAUUAUAGCGAAAGCAAUAAAUUGUUGAACGAACGAGAGAGAGAGAGAGAGAGAGAGAGAGAGAGAGAGACACAGAGAGUGUAUAUGUACGUACGUAUGUGUGUGUGA